AGCAGGGAGGCCGAGCUUGGCCAGGAGCUGCCUGACCCUCGCAAUGAGUCCUGCUCGGCUCUUUCUUCAGUGGGCGUGAGGCCUUCGAGGAGGCUGAAGGGCCAAUGGCCGCGUAGAGGACAUCUGGCUGCUUUUAGGCGUCUGGCAUAGCAGGAGCCGGUCUGGGGACUUCGGUGCCGGACAGGCAAAGCAGCUCAAACUGGAAGAAAUGAAAUAUCCAAGGAGAACCACGCUGUGCUUCGUGAUCCUUGUGAUUUAUUCUUCCCAAGUUACAGCGACCUUGGAUUUGGAGGCUAUUGUUCAUCCUCUGACUCUCCGUGAACAGGAACUGGCGGGGGAGGAGCCACCAAGGCAAAAACGAGCGGUUGCCACGAGUCAUCCUACAGCUAAAGACUACACCGUGGACAUUGAGAUCAGUUUUGAAAAUGCCUCCUUCCUGGAGCCUGUCAAAACUUACUUGAACAGCCUCAGUUUUCCAAUUCAGGGCAAUGACACCGACCAAGCUGCCAACAUUCUGAGCGUCGAAGUGACAACCGUCUGCAGACCUACUGGAAAUGAAAUCUGGUGCUCCUGCGAGACAGGCUACAGGUGGCCUCGGGAACAGUGCGCCCACAAUCUCACUUGUCAAGACUAUGGCAACUCUCCUGUAGGGCGUCCCUGCAAUUGCCUUAAAGGACUGCCUCCCAAGGGGCCUUUCUGCCAGCUCCAGAGAGCCAUAACCCUGAGAAUGUCCGUCAGACUUAAUGUGGGAUUUCAAGAAGACCUCAGGAACAUUUCCUCUGCUCUCUUCAGGUCCUACAAGACUGACUUGGAAACAGCGUUCCGGAAAGGUUACAAAAUUUUACCAGGCUUCGAAUCGGUGACUGUGACAGGGUUCAGGCCCGGAAGUGUGGUUGUGAAUUACGAAAUCAGGACUACGACACCAUCACCUGGAUUCAUGCACAGAGCGAAUGAGCUGGUGACUCAGAACCUUAAUCAGACCUACAGAAUGGAUGAUAGUUCCUUCCAAGCAUUUGCUAGUAAUGAAACAAGGUUCUUUGUCAUACCGGAAGUCAUCUUUGAAGGGGAUACAGUGACUCUGGUGUGUGAAAACGACGUUGCGUCCUCCAAUGUGUCCUGGCACCAUGUCGGAAGGAGCGCCGACAUCCAGAACGGCAGCCAAUUCUGGGUGUACACCACCGUGCUCAACAACAUGACCUCGGUGUCGCGCCUCACCGUGUACAACAUCACUCAGGGUGAUGCGGGUGAAUAUAUUUGCAAACUGACAUUAGAUAUUUUUGAAUAUGAAUCCAGAAAAAAAAUUAAUGUGACGCCCAUCCGAAUUUUUGCAAUCGACGAAAUGAGGGUGACGUGUGACAGCAGUCCCGUCUCUCUGAACUGCUGCAGUGAGAUUAAUGUUAACUGGAGUGCAGUGGAGUGGAAGCAGGAGGGGGAGAUAACCGUUCCAGGAAACUCGGAGACAGAAUCGGGCUCCAGCUGCAGCAGGUACACCCUCACGGCCGACGGAACCCAGUGUCCCAGCGGGUCGGCUGGAAGGACCGCCGUCUACACGUGUGAGUUCGUCAGCGCCCACGGAGCCCGAGGCAGUAAGAACAUAGAAGUGACGUUCACGGCUGUGGGAGAUAAAUCCAGCCACAAAGGGGAAGUGCACGAGCUCCUCAGGCAUGUGAUGGAAAUGAGUACAGUUCAGAGCACCACCGGGAACAGCCUAGAAACAAGUAAAGCCCAGGAGCAGCAAGCCAACAUAACAAUAACUCCGGACCCAAUUUCUGUUUCUGAGGGACAAAACUUUUCUAUAAAGUGCAUCAGUGAUGUGAGUAACUAUGAUGAGGUGUAUUGGAAUACUUCUGCUGGAAUUAAAAUAUACCAAAGGUUUUACACCACGAGGAGGUAUCCUGAUAGAGCGGAGUCCGUGCUGACAGUGAGGACCUCAACAAGGGAAUGGAACGGAACCUAUCACUGCAUAUUUAGAUACAAGAAUGCAUACAGCAUCGCCACCAAAGACGUCACGGUUCACCCGCUGCCUCUAGAGCAGAGCAUCCUGGUCGAUCCUUUGGAAGCUUCAGUUCCGUGCAGAGGCUCCUACCACUUCAAGUGCUGCGUGGAGGAGGAUGAACACUAUGAAGUAACUUUCCGCGUGGAUUCGCUGUCCUUUCCUGCUGCAAAAGAAGUUCAUGGAAAGCAAGUAUGCUACAAAUUCAAUUUCGUGGCAAACGCGAUGGUUUCCUGGUGUCCAAAACAUGUCGACGUGUUCUGUGACUUCACCAAUGCCGCUAAUAAUUCAGUCCGGAGUCCGUCUAUGAAGCUUAAUCUGGUGCCUGGAGAGAACAUCACGUGUCAAGAUCCCAUCAUAGGUGUUGGGGAGCCCGGGCAAGUGAUCCCCAAGCUCUGCCAGUUCUCACACCAGCCCAGCAGCCCGGCAAGUCCCGUUGGCGGGAUCGUGACUUACCAGUGUGUGGGCUCCCAGUGGAAGGUGAAGAGCAGCGACUGCAUCUCUGCCCCGCUCAACAGUCUGCUCCAGCUGGCCCAGGCUCUGAGCAAAAGCCCCUUUCAGGACAAGAAGCUGCCUGCCUACCUGAAGAAUCUUUCCGUCAGCACAGACAAGGUGGCCCACGAAGUCAGUUCAUCUCCUGGCAACCUGGGAGCCAUUAUUAGCAUCCUUGGUUUGCUCUCAACAGUUCCAAUCCAAGUGAAUUCAGAAAUGAUGACGAAUGUUCUUUCUACGGUCAACGUCAUCCUCGACAAGCCCAUCCUGAGUACGUGGAAGGCGUUACAACUGCAACAGACCAACCACAGCUCACAGCUACUGGAAUCAGUGGAAAGGUUUUCCCAAGCAUUACGGUCAGAAGAUAGCACCGUGUUGUCCAUCUGCCACACUAAUGUGCAGAUGAGGGGCAUGGUAAUAAAAUCGGGCUCCCCAAAACCCUACAAACAGAUCUUUGCUUUCUCAGACUCCAACCUCUGGGGCGAUGUGGCUAUUGAUGAGUACCACCUGACGAACCUGCAGCCAGAUUCAUCUGUCGUCACUGUGGCUUUCCCUACUCUUAAGACCAUCCUUGGCCAGGAUGCUCAGGGGAAGAAUUCUGCAAACAGCUUAGUGAUGACAACCACUGUCAGCCACAAAAUAACCACACCAUUCAGGAUUUCAAUGACUUUUAAGGACCACAACUCCUUAGGUGGGAAACCACAAUGUGUCUUCUGGAACUUCACCCUGGCCAACUACACAGGGGAGUGGGAUAGCAGUGGUUGCUACACAAAGGUGGAUGGGGACAGUGUCCUCUGCAGCUGUGACCACCUAACAUCAUUCUCCAUCCUCAUGUCCCCUGACUCCCCAGACCCUGAUUCUCUCCUGAAAGUACUACUGGAUAUCAUUUCUUACAUUGGGUUGUGCUUUUCCAUCCUGAGCUUGGCAGCCUGUCUAGUGGUGGAAGCCGUGGUGUGGAAGUCCGUGACCAAGAACCGGACUUCCUAUAUGCGUCACAUCUGCAUAGUGAACAUUGCAGCCUCCCUCCUGGUUGCUGACGUCUGGUUCAUUGUGGCCUCUACCAUCCGGGACCAUCACUACGUACUCAAUGAAACAGCCUGUGUGGCUGCCACCUUCUUCAUCCACUUCUUCUACCUCAGCGUCUUUUUCUGGAUGCUGACUCUGGGCCUCAUGCUCUUCUACCGCCUGGUUUUCAUCCUGCACGAUGCAAGCAAGUCCGUUCAGAAGGCGAUUGCGUUUUCUCUUGGCUACGGCUGCCCUCUUCUCAUCUCCGUCAUCACGGUGGGGGCCACGCAGCCCCAGGAAGUCUACACGAGGAAGAAUGCCUGUUGGCUCAACUGGGAGGAUACCAAGGCCCUGCUGGCCUUCGUCAUCCCAGCACUGAUCAUCGUGGUGGUGAACGUGACCAUCACGAUUGUGGUCAUCACCAAGAUCCUGAGACCUUCCGUUGGAGACAAGCCCAACAAGCAGGAGAAGAGCAGCCUGUUUCAGAUCAGCAAGAGCAUCGGGGUCCUCACGCCACUCUUGGGGCUCACCUGGGGUUUUGGUCUUGCCACUGUGUUCCAGGGAAGCAGUGCUGUGUUCCACAUUGUGUUUACCCUCCUCAAUGCCUUCCAGGGAUUAUUCAUUCUGCUCUUUGGGUGCCUCUGGGAUCAGAAGGUGCAGGAAGCCUUGCUGAAAAAGUUUUCACUGUCCAGGUGGUCUUCACAGCACUCUAAGUCAACAUCCCUAGGUUCAUCUACACCUGUGUUUUCUAUGAGUUCUCCAAUAUCAAGAAGAUUUAACAAUUUGUUUGGUAAAACAGGAACCUACAACGUUUCCACCCCGGAAACGACCAGCUCCUCCUUGGCGAACACGUCCAGCGCUUAUUCUUUGCUCAACUAAGACCAGGAAAAUCCAACCCUGUGACCCUCGGGGACAAUGGAUGUGCUCUGGAAAAGAUGCCCUCUCCAAGCCCCGGAUAAAUGCUUCUUCCGCAGGCUUCCGGGAGCAGAUGCUGAAGAGACUUUUUCUCUAGGGAGGGCCUUUCCUCUGUAAAGACAGACUAAAAGUCAUCGUUCCCUUUAUUCUGCUGCCCACCUUUUGUGUGAUACCAAAUGUGUAUAGUAUUUAAGUGAAACGCAAGUCUCCCAAAGCCCAAUGCAUGUGUCUAUAUUGUAAAAUAGAAUUUCAAAGAGACGUUUUCACUUUUCACAGGUUGGGCACAAGGUAAGCUUUGAUGAAAAUAACAAGUAAAAGGCUGGUACCUAGGAGAUACUUCAGUCAAUUCAAGGGGGGAGGGAAGGA